GACGUCCGAUUUGUUUGAUUAAAAUCCUGCCUGAUUUUGUCGAAUGGCACCUCCGUACCUAACACCCGUUUGGUCAAGUUAUCUUUUUACGUAUUAUUAUUUAAGUCAUUUAUUAAUAAAAGUCAACAAUCUUUAUUUCGUAUCCAAUUUUGACUAUUGCAUAUUAUGAAAUAAAUUUCAAUUUCGACUAUUAACCAUUCGAUUGUUCCCACUAGUUUAUACAACUACUGCAUGCCCUUUCCUACUAUAUAUAAUAAACUAUAAUUACGUCGGCCAUUUUGGUGGUAAAGUUAUGGAAAAUAACAAUAACAAACAUUGUAAGCGUUAUCAGCGGUUUGUUGUGUUACACUAUCAACAAUUUGACCGCCAUUUGGUAACUUCGCAACAUUUAAUUUCAGAAAUUUAAUUAUUACUAAAAUUUCAUAAUUCACUUGACAAUUUAUUUUUGUAGAACAUCAUUUUAAUUAUAUAUUAUUCAAGUUCUCUAUUAUAUGUGUAAAUGAGAUUCAACUGUUUACUGGUUUUGAUACAAUCUUAUUUCCUAUAUUUACCGUAUAAUUAUUCUUUAAAAUAACUUUUCAUCAUACAACAUUUUCUAAUCACUAUGGAUGAGAUAAACUCUAAGCUGCCCAAUGUAUCAUCUAAGCUCAAUGAAUUGAAUACUGAAGAGUUAACUGAUGAUAAAAAUAAAGAUAAAGAUUAUGAGAACCGUGGUGAUGAAAAUGAUGAUGAAACUACAAUGGAAGAAGAAGAAGCUCUACCUGAAUUAGAGGAUCCAUUACGAGAGAUUAAAUUUCUUGAAGAGGAAAGUAAUAUGCCUAUUCAUGAGCUUAUGAAAAUGUAUGGCUAUACAAAUGGUGCUUUAGAAGAAACUGCGCAUGCUGGAAAUAAAAAUACUAAAAAAAGAAGUUUAUCUAAAAAAAAUAAAAAUAAAAAACUAAAAAAGGUGUCAGUGACAACCAUUCAUAAAAUACCAGAGAAAAAGAUAAAAUUAAGAGAAGAGGAUAAGUUUAAACAGGAAAAAUUAAAUGAAGAAGGUUCAACUAUAAAUGAAUCUGUUCUUAAGGAUACCGAAGGAGCAACAGAGGACCAAAUAAAAAUAAAUAAAACUGUUGAUAGCAAAACAAAUGUUGAUGAGUGUGAUGAAGAAACCGAAACUCCAUCUAAAUUACUUGAUUUGUAUUUGGCAGAACUUGAUCAAGUACAAAGUGAAGAAGAGGAUGAAGAUUAUAAACCACACUGGGAAAUACAUUGGAAGAGUGUAAAUGUGGGAUUAAAUUUCCAAGCUUUAGUAACUGAUGGAUUGUCAACUUAUGGUGAUGCUUUACCUUAUGAAAAUAAUGAUGAAUUGUUAUGGGAUCCAAAUGUUUUAUGCGAAGAAUUAAUAGAAGACUAUUUGGUCAAGAUUCAACACAUAACAAAAGCAUUAAAACCAUCUAACAAAGUCAUAGAACAAAAAAUCCGUGAUAAUGAAAAAGCAUUAUAUUUGUUGGUUCAAUGUGGACAUGAUGUUGCUGAGGCUAUUCGCCGAAUGUCUUUAAAUGUUAUACCAACGGAAAAAUCAUUAAGCGUUUGGUCAGAAGACGAAACACAGAAAUUUGAAAUGGGGCUUAUAUUAAAUGGAAAAAAUUUUCAUGCGAUACAAAAAGAGGUUAAAACCAGGUCGGUUGCUGAGUUAGUACAUUUUUACUAUUUCUGGAAAAAAAGCGAAAGACAUGAUCAGUUUGAGAGAAAACAAGUUCAAAUGAGACCAGAACUUAAGCAAUGGCAACACUGGGACUCAGAAGAAGAUAGUGAAUUUGAAUUUCAAGAAAAAACUGCAGAAGAUAUUGGUGGAAAUGUUAUUGUUGGUGAUAAGGCUCAAAUGAACUGUUUAAUAUAUGCAGAUCGUAAAAGACAAGUACGAACUAAAACUUCAACAAAUGUUUAAGCUAAUAUAAAUUUGAUGUGCACCCAAUCAGGUACACUAAUAACAAAAUUAAUUUAUAGAAUUGGUUUUCAUUUCUUUUUUAGAUUGAGAAUUAGUAAAAGCUGAAAAAGGCUAGUUCAGUGUUUGUAUGUACCUGCUGUAAAAAAUGUUUUGUUAUUGUUCCUCAUGCUAUUGUAGUAGUAUCACCUUCUAAAGAAAUAAGCCUACCACUUAGGCUUAUUUAUACAUUUCACAUUUUGCUCAUUGAAUUUUUAGUAUCACAGUAUGGAAGUAGUAGUCAUCAGUUUAAUUACAGAUUUAAAAUUCUUAUUAGCUUUAUUCUUUAGUAUGAAAAAUAGCAAUAAUAAUUAGCAAGUAUGAAUGGUUGUUAGAAAAACAAUUAAAAAAAAAAUACAAACUUUUCAAAUUAUAAUUCUUGUAGAAUAAUUUUUCUUCAAGAUGUCUACAAAUAAUAAAAAAAAAAUGAUUACUAAAAUACAUUUCAGUGAAUAGUUUUAAACAUGCUUUAAUUUAAAUUUAUUUAUAAAUUACAAUUUCAAAAGUUAUUUAAUUCAAUUUAUAAAUUCUCCCAUCUCUAAAAGUUUGGAGAACGACAUAAUUUUCCUUUUUUUAUAGGAAUUUUCGAUUCAUAUGCUAACAUUGUUGGAAGUGCGACAGAGAGUCCUAUGUAGGAAAUCUUGAAUGUAUGUUUUAUGAAACCAUGAAUAAAAGUUCUUGUCGUAACUAUACCUUUAUAUUGCUUAUCAUACGUAAAUUCUGAAAAUGAAAAUAUAACAAAACGAUUUUCUUUUUUUUUUUUGCGGCCCCAAGUUUUAUCUGACAUAGAAGAUUUUAUAUAGUUAUGGGGCCUAAAUUUUAUGUCUGUUGAGCAGUGCAAAAUUGAUUUAUGAUCUGGUAUAUUGAAUACAAUCGAUUUAAUUUUUUAGAAAUUUUUUAAUCAAACUAAAGUCCCUUAUCACAGGGUAAAUAAUUGCGUUCUUUCACUGAGUAGGAGUGCUCCAUCUCUUUAAUCUUUUUAUGUCAGUUAGGGCACAAAGAAAUUUAGAAAAUGCAUGAUUUUUAAUUUGCUACGGGUAGUUAUCUGAUUAUAUAUACAUUCCUUCACCUUGACGGGUACUUCAUUAACUAAAUAAUCCAUAAGAAAAGAGCAAACCUCCUUUGGACCUUUUUUCCCCUGACCUUCAUGGUAUAAAUAAAUCUUAGCAUUGUUCUUAUUAUUAUGUAUACCAAAAACAUUAACAUUCUCUUGAUAUAAAUGGUAAGUUUCUGGCAUUGGGAUCCAAUGGAACUGUCCGGUUUUGCAUGAAGUCGAAAUACAACGAUAGGAUAUUAUGGUUUUUGUCUACCGUGUCAUUUUUAAGUUGAUUGUAAAACUUCUUAGCUCCUCGCUACUUUUUUUUUUAGCCACUGCAACACGCUUAUUGGCGUUACUUAAAUUAGAAUUUUUAUCUUCACAACCAAGGCCUUGUAUAAAUCAACCUGUGGGGGUGAUCCAAACUUCAUAAAAUCCAAAAUCAUACUGGUUUUUAUAACAAUUAAAAAAAAACCGAUUUGCCAAUUCUAACAUUAGGGUGCUUAAUUUUUAAAACAUUUGAUAUAUUCUUUGAAUGUUUUACCUUCUAUUCAAAUAUUUUAUAACCAUAUCAAGAUAAUGAGUUUCUUAAGUAGAAAAACCUUCGAUAUGAUCUCUUACUAACAGCAGUGUUUCGAGUGAAAUAGUAUAUUUGAUCCUUUGGAGACUUGGCAUAAGCAAUAGUUGUAUUCUCACUAAAAACUAACUAAAACUAAAAACUAAGAACUAAAAAACUGUAGAACUAGUUUUUUAGUUCUACAGGGUAUGGAAAAAAAUGCUUUUAAACAUACCUCUGUUCUAUGAUGACCUUUUAAUAUAAGCCCAUUCAAAUAAAGAAAAUUGUUUUAAAGAUCAGUUAAAGUAUUAAUUAUUUUUUCAUCCACCAUUGUCAUAAUUAUUGUAUAAUUAAUUAUGGCAUCCUUAUUCACAUUUUUAACUUAAACAAUUUUAAUUCUGAAAUAUCUUUUUUAACUUCUAGUUCAUUUUUUUUAGCCUCCUAUGUCUUCUUCAUGCAUAAAUUAUUUUAGUUUACAGUAGCAAGUAGACAAAGGUAUUGUAUUUUCCCAUAAAAUUAUUUUUACUAUUGAAUUUUCAGUGGUACCCGUUAGACGCAAGGAUAAAGGAAAACAUUAAAACAUUUAGUCUGUUAUAUUUUAACCGCUUUUCAAAAUUUCGAAAGUUUAAUUGUACCCACCACUAUGUUCGGAAUUUCCGUCACAACCCCAAUUACAAAGAAAAUCAAACUUAAUGUAAUCAUAUACAAAAAUUAUAGUAUUAUUAAACUCAGAUGUUAUCAUAAUCUAUUCAGUGGAUGACCUAAUAAAUUUUGGUGUGAAACGGUAGCUUUUACUUCACUAAUUUCUAUGUUUUCGGGGUAACAUCUUUUUUAGCUAAACAAAUGCGAUCAUAAGAACGAUAAAUGUUAAUUCCACAUAGUUUGGCCCCUAAUCUAAUCUUUCGUCCUAUGAGUAUUGAGUAAAUAAUACUAUUCUGUAUAAGAAUUGAUAAUUUUAUAUAUAUCCAAUGAAAAUGUAUGCAUUUUUCUAAUUUCAAGGAUAUCUUCGAGGAGAAUAUUUAGUUACUUGUAAAAAUAAUUCAGAUGCUACUCGUUUAAAUUCCGCGUAUAACGUUGUUUUCGUAUCAUGAAAUAGUUCCUUAUACGUUUUGAAUGAUCACUUAAAUCAGAAAAUAAUUUUUCGUGGCCUAGCAUGUCUUGUUGACAGCUGACAAACAUUUUAUUCGUUAAUAUGAAAGUUAAAAUGUAAUUCAAGCAAGUUUUCGUUUUUAAUUAAAAAUUUUGACAUGUUCUAAUUUGAUACCUUCCAUUUUUUACUCAACGAACUACAAAAAUUCUUUAAUUUUUCCCUUUACAUUUUUUUCAAAGUUCUCAUCAGAAUACAAUUGACUGCCAAAUUUAUUUCGUAAAUAUAUGAUUAAAGGCGUUUGAGUCUUAAAAAAACUUGAAAAGCACAACUUCUAAUAAACAACGAUUUUUAAUUUUUCUUUCGAUACCAGUUUAAACUAAGAAAAAAUGAAAAAUAGCUAUAAUUUUAUCUGUAAUUAAAAGAGCAAUUUUGAGCAACUUCCGAUAUAGUAGUUUUAAGUACAUAUUAUUAUAUAAAAAAACAAUAAUAAUAAUAAUAACCCCCAGAACCAUCAGAAAUUUUCCUAUUUCCAUUAUAUGUAAAUAAAGUAGAAUUUCUAUAA